ACAUCAUGCUCAGCUCCGACCCGCUCCGACAAAACAAAGAGUGAAAUAUCCGCGUCUCACUUCGGCCGACGACAGUCGACGACGCCGCCGUCCGCGCCGUGACAUCCCGCGGUCCGACCCGUAAAAGCCACCAGCCGCGGUACCCGGGUGUGUGCGGCGGAGGCUGGGAGGGGCAUCCGUCUGUCCGUCCGGACAAUGGCGGAUGGGGAGGCCACCGUGUCUGUGGAGCGGGACAGCGGUGAUGGGGACUUGGCAGCCUAACAUCCCACCUGUGCGUUAGUAUUUUCUCUGUAUAGCUUGGUAUUCAUCAGUCGCCAUGGAUCCAGAGAAAACGUUGACUUUCUGCCUCGGGCUGAAGGCUGAGGAGAUGACCAUGUCCCUGCAGGGGCUGGACGGGACUGAAGCUGCCACGGUGGCUGUUUCUCAGAAGGAGGCCGACAUGCGCACGGUUAAUAAGGUGGUGAAGCAUCACGGGGGUGCUGGUAGCCGGCCCGUCGUCAGUCCCAAGUACUGUCCCGGGGUCAACAACAAUCCAGGUUACCUGUGUGAAACGGGGCACUGCUGCGGAGAGACGGGCUGCUGCACCUACUAUUAUGAGCUCUGGUGGUUCUGGCUGCUGUGGACGGUGCUCAUCCUCUUCAGCUGUUUCUGUGCUUACCGCCACCGCCGGGCCAAGCAGAGGAUCCAGCAGCAGCAGAGACAGAGGGAGAUCAAUCUGAUCGCCUACAACGGAGCCUGCAACUACCCUUCCUCCAUGCUGGACCUCAGUUUUCUGGCUUCCUUCAAGCUGCCCUCCUAUGAGGAGGUGGCAGCGCAGCCCAGCACCCCUCCUCCACCUUACAGUUCUGUCUUCGCCCUGCAGGGAGGUGCCAUGGGGGGUCCUAGCUCCUCUUACCCCCAUCACCACCACCACCGUCACCCCUGCCCUCCCUACCUGGGCCCCGGUCCCGGUCCCAGUGGCCUGACUUCCUCCCAGAGCUCUGACAACUACACCAGCUGCUCCUGCGAGUCGUGCUCCCUCACUUCCCCCUCCAGCACCUCCUUCUCUGUCCAGGUGACGGACGAGACGUACGACAGCAGCCACAUCUCCACGCCCAGUGAGGCGGGGGGCGACUGUGCUGUCGUGCCAAGAGUUGCAGCCAGCUUCGCACCAACUCCUUCGCCGCCACCUCCAUUGCAAAUUCCACCUGAUGUGAUACCUGCGGUCACUCCAGAUGUCAUACCUGUACAAAGACGGUCCUCGAAUGGCGGCGAAGGAGUCUCACCUUUAGCGCCGCCGCUCUCUCUGCCGUUACACUCUCGUCCCUCCCACCCUUCUCGCCUCCCACUGUCUCCCCUCAUUCUGUUGUCCUCCCUCCCUCCUGGUCAGGUCCAUCCUCUCGUCCUCUCAGACCCGCUCGGAGCCGCGGCCGUUCAGAAAGAGAAAGACGAAGAGGCCUCGCCUUGCGGUCCGACCCCCAGGCCCACUCUGUCUCCCCCCAAACAGGCGCUCUUCUCCUCGAACGUGGCUGUUUUCACGCAUUGCAUUAGCAAAGAGGAGCAAAAACGAGAAGAGGAGGAAGAGGAAGAGGAAGAUGACGAGGAGGAUCAUUUCCGGCACCGACGGCUAACGGGCGACUCGGGCAUCGAGGUGUGUCGCUGCCACGUGAAGAGGGAGGAGGAAGAGGAGCAGAAGGUGCAUUUCAAUAAGGGAGGGAAGGAGGCCGCGAAGGUGGUGGAGAGGGCGGAUGUGCUGCACGACAGCGUGGACUGCUCCCUCCGAGCGAAGGUCGCCGCUCAGUCGCCGCUCCUGGACGACUGCGCCGAGCAGCGUGGCCACGUCUCCUCAUCCUCUGGCAUCGUCCAGAAGACAGGCGAGGCGGUCGUCGCCGUGGAGACCUCGUAAGCUGACGACCAGGGAGAUCAAACGAGUGGCGUCUUCAGAUCUGAAGGAAAGUCUCGCAGGUCUUAUUGAGGGAGGGGCUUCAAAUGAGAAACUCCACGAGAAGCCGACACCUUAAAGUCCUGUUGUGUAGUUAAUUUAUUUGUGGUUCAGGAGGAGGAAAAUGUUUUUCUCUGAAGAAAAACGCUGAUGAACUUUCUCUGUCUCCAUUCUCACACACGCUAACCGAAUCAUUCUACCACGGGCUCAACGUCCCUCCACCCGUUUACUCUUCAUCGCUCUUUUCUCUCUCUGCAUGACACAACAUUGCAAAAAAGAAGGAAAAAAAAGAAGCAUUUCAGCUCUUUUGAAAUGAAAUCCCUCCUUCGGGGUCAGGACCCCACAUCUGAGGGAUCAUGAGAUAAAUCCGAGGGGUCAUGUGACGAUGACCAGGAGGAGACAGAAGAAGAACAAAAUCUUUGCUGUUUGGAUGUGAAGUCGUGGAUGGUUUUACCUCUUUGGACGUUCAGAUGAAACGAUCUUCGGUGGAGCCGCUCACAGCGUCGAGACAUAUGCAAUGUGUGGUGGGGUCACACGGCAGAAAGGUUGGGGGACACCGAACAUCCCAGGCAGGUGAAUCAGCAUCAAUAAACAUGAACAGGACUGUUAAUCAUUAUUGUAAGAGGACCUUCAUUCUCAAUCGAGCAGCUCUGACAAACGGAUCGCCUUCUGUGAUCUUCAUUUACUUUCCAACUUCUGGAAAGGUCGGCGGUCGAACUCGUGACCUUUGUUGACCUUUGUUGACCUUUGUUGUUGUGGGGUGAGUUUUUGCUCUCACCCGCCUGCUUCCCUCUGAAAUAAUGAGAGAAGGCGACUCCAGACUGAUUGGAGAAGUGUGUGUUUUCUACAUCGUGUCUUAUGUUGCUCCCUGAAGGAGAAGAGGGGGGCAAACAUUGAUUAAAAUGUGUGGGUGGCAAAGCUUUACAACGGUGUUCUGACUUUACGUUGUUGUUUCAGACUGUUAACAUGGUUAUGCUGUUUCUUUAACUGACUGUUUGACUUUGGAUUUACUGCGUUCGGACGUGUUCCUGGUCGCUCGUUGCCGUUUUUGCAAGGCAGCGUGAAGUUUUCACGAGGCAGAAACUUUAAGCCUAAUCUCGUCACUGAUGAUGAAUGUAAAAGGUUAUGCGGAAAAAAAACACUUUAACUGUUUACGGAGAAUUUUCAUAGCGUGACGCUUGACUGAAAACCUGGAAAAGUGCCCAAAACUGCAGCCGAGUGCGGGCUCCGAGGAGACAGUGCCCAUCGUUAUGUCUGUCUGAGUCCAGAGGUGCAAAGGUGUAGAUGUGCCAGGUGAGGGUUCGGAGUCAGCGUCAGAACAAAGCCUCUUUUCUUAUUGCUGUGGCUCAACGUGCGGCCACUUCUGAGAGCUGGACUUCUUUUCUCUGAGUGUGAAGUACCUCGUCGGUCGACGUACAGGUGUGCGGUGUGUGGAGCGCGAGGUCGAUACCUUUGAUUGACGCUCUGUACUUCUUGGUUUUGUCGUGGGACUCGUGAGCUCUGAAGCAUGAAACAACAUUUAGAAAGAAAGAACGUGUCAGACUGUUGCUCAUGUGCGUCCUUUAGCUGUGAGACAAACGUCCCUGCGGCUCGUCGUCCAGAGGCCGCGUCGCCGUGUCCUCGGCUCCGUCGGACGCCUGGAGGCAAAGCUUUCAGCUCAUUCACAGCUGUGGGAGUGAAAACUUUCAGCUCGAUAACCUUUAUUCGUCGAACCGUGUGUGUUUGUGUGCAGAUUAACGGCAGGUUUGAAAGUUUCGCUUCUGUUCGAAGCUCUUUGGCUGCGAGUCACAGGUGCGUCCCACAGGUGGACACACCUGUUCAUCCUCUGAACACAGACAUGAACAUUUGUUGGCUAAAGAAUGGAAAGUUGUUAUUUCCUCAUCAGUUCUAGCUAAUGUGUGUUUAUCCAGGUGUGGUGCUGAAUGUAGACCGUCUGUGAGGCUUUGUAUAGUUCACUGCUGCUAUGUGAGCGCGCGCGCGCGUGUGUGUGUUUUCUGUGCAUAGUCGUGCAUCAGACGGGCGAACAUUUCCUAGCAGUGCUUAGCAGUCUCUUUAUUAAAUAUACGCUGUAUGUAGUACAUGUGAGACUUGCAAAAAUAGUAUUUAGCAAUAGUAUUCACACUUUUUUCCUGACUCUAGUUCACGCUGGUCGGUAGGAAAUGAACUGCUGUGAAGAAGACUUUUACCUCUUUCUAACUGAUCCGAGAGCUGUGCCGGCCGGGGGCCCCCGAUUGUACAUAACGCCGCCUUUUGGCUUAAGGUUUCUCCCGAGUGCAAACUCUGAUCUGGUUCUCCCGGUUUGUGCCUCUGGUGUGUUCCCGUUACGUUCAGGUCGCGAGCGCCUGAAAACAAACACCUGACGAUCAGCUGCUCGCGGCUGCUCUGGAGGUGUUUCCAGAGUCUGGACUAACUCAUGUCCCUGCUUCAUUGAACCCAAAUGUAAAACUUUCAUAUGUUCUCUUUGAUAUUGAUGUUCCUUCAGUAAUAAUAAUAAUAAUUUCUUUGGCUGUGAAUCACAUCCAGUUUCUGCACAUUCACAAAUAUUCAGGAGGAAAAUGACGCCAGUCGUGUGAUUUAGGGGGAAGUUUGAAGUGAAGCCACAUUUUCUUCACUAUGAUGAUUAAUGUUUUUCAUAAAAUGACUCAAAAAUACAUGAAAUUAUUUUAUUAAGCGAAACCAAGUUGAUCGUUUUAUGUCGGAAAAAUGCUGUGCUGACCUUUAUUUCACUAAAAUUCAACUUGGAUCCGUUUUUAUUGGUUGCCUUCCACUCGUUGUUAAUGAUCGAUCAGAUGAUUGAUUGAUUGAUUGAUUGUAGGUUGGGGUGUGAACUUUUUUUCGGCUUCUGAUUGGGGGCGUGUCAGAAGAACCACUGAGUUGUGCAAACAGCUAAAAACUGACCGACUGUUCAGUUUUCUUAUUGAAUCUAAUCUUAUUGAUUCUGAUCGUCUCAUCAUGUUUUAUCAGCAGCUGAUGGAUUUUCUCGUGAACGCGAUCGACUACUCAGAUCGGUUUUCUUUAUUUUUAGACUUUUGUAGUUUUUGUUUGAAAAUGCUUACUCAGCAGUCUGCUCUUUAUGAAUUUGUAGUAUCUUUUACAGUAGCUGUGUUGGCGAUAUGUAAAAUAUACUAAACGACAGCAGAUGUCAGACACAGGAAAUGAAGAGAAACUUUAAAAAUGUUCAACCCAAUGCAGCAGACUGAAGAUUAGUUUAUCCGGGUGGUUGAAAAAAGAUGAGGAGGAUCCUGAAAGUGUUUUCAAAGCUGGUUAUACACAAGAGGCACAAACGGGGGGCGAGUUUUACCCCAACUCUGACUUUACAUUGAAGCCAAACUGGUCUGAGGUCAGUGUAAAUAGAACUAGUGUGAUUUUCUUUUGCCUUGUCAGCGUUAGCGUGUACAGACAAACUGCGCUCCUGUUGCCGCUGACGGCCGAGGCCUGAUGUAAGACUGUUACCUCGCUGAGUUUUGACUGCAAAGGACUGUUUACUUCUCCUCAUCAAGAUAGUAUUUACUCUAUAUUUGUACUGACUUUAUUUUGUAAUGCCAAGAAUCGAAGAAUUAAAAAAACCCACGCUGGACAACGAAAGAUCAAACUGUGUUGAUUCAGGAUGAAUCCGGACCGUCUCCCGGGAAACGAAGCGUUCUCCUUUUCCUCCUGCAGCUACCAGAUUUCUAGAAGUAUCUAUAUGUGAUUGUACGUGGAGUAGUUCAGAGUAAUAUUACUACAACCGUGGUGUUCUUUGAGGGUAUUUCUACCUGCAGCUCUUCAGCGUGUCGUGCGCAUGUGUGAGAGAGUUCUCGUCAGCCGUGUUGUCGUGCUGUUAAACCACUGUCGCUUAUUAUGAGGCCAAAGUUGACCGUCGUUGGUAUUUGUUAACACGAUAUUUGUCAGUAGAAAUAUCCGAUCAUUUUUACGUCAUGGUGAAUAUGCAGUUGGUUUUGUAUCUUGGUGUAUAGCAUAGAGAUUUCUGAUGCAUACUCUGAUGUAAAAUCCAAACAAUGAGACGCUCUCACGUUUUUAAAGAUUUCUUUGGUUGCACAUAUCCAGGUGCUUUUUUCAGAGGGUGGGGCUGUGUUUAGGUUUCUUCCAUUUGAGGUUUUUUAUUUUUUUUUCAUUGAUGCUCAUUUGGGAUUCUGCUGCGUUGGACGCAGACCUUUGCGCUACUUUAUUCGACAAAAACUGUGGAUUUUGUGUCAAAAUAAAUGCUAACAAG